AUGCGUCGUUUGGUCACGACGAUCACGCAAAACGAGAAGCGCCGGAUCCCCUGGCCGAAGCUUCAGUCCACCUUUGCGCCCAAGAUCGUCUAUCUUCUUCCGUCCGUCCCACUUCUCAGUACAGUCUUUCGUAGUUAUCAGUACAACUUCGGAUUUGUUGGUAUUUCUGUGAAAAGAUUUCUAUAGACAUGAAAGAGCCAAAGCCGUGUCUUUCAAAAUACACAGCUUGAAAAAUCGAAGUUGUCACAUCGUCUCUGUCUUAAGAACUUACUUUUUCCGGUGUAAGAUUGGUUUUUUAUUCAUUAGAUGGAUAUAAAAAAUCUACUCGAAAAUUGGCCGUUUUUUAUAAAUAAUCUAGUUAGAAGGAGUUCCUACUAAGAUAUUUUAGAGUCAAUUUUCUUGUUCCUUUUCCGUUUUUCAAUAGAGUCUUAACGAUCUGUUAGGGAUUUUUGGUCCUGAUUAGAUACAGGGAAAUUCGUUAAACGUGAUCUUUUCAAAUAUUUUUUGCAUUCAAAGCUAGUUUUUCGAAAAAGUUCCUCAUCACUUUCUCAAAGCAGACUGCAUCAACAUUUUUCUAUCAAUCCUUUUUCAAAGAGGAUCGAGAGAGUUUUCCGUUUUCUUUCACUGCGACAUCUUAUAUGAGUCUUAGAUUACAAAAACUCAUUUUCUGACUGAGAAUUUUCUUUUUCAAUUCGCAUCUGUCCGUUGAUUGAACAACUUUUCUAGUUUUCACCAGCUUCAGAAAAAUUAAUCGAAUUCUUCUUCAGCCAAACGAGUUUUCGUUCAUUGAUUCAUCCUCUUCUCAAUUAUUUUAUCCACACUUUUUUCAACUGAUUGGAUACAGAAUAUUCCAGAUAUUACUCCAUGAAAUCUUAUACUUUACUAUUGGUUUUUUUGUCGCAGCGGUUUUUUUGGCCAAUAUUUGAAUCUCAAUUUGCAUCGGCAUCAAAGUUGCGCCUGGCGGAAAAAGUGAGUUUUGGUCUUUGAUUUUAAGUUUUAAACUUCAAAAUGGGUUAUUAAGAAUCGAUUAUAAAACUUUAAAAAAAGUUGAAUGCAUCAUUUCCAAGCGAACAUACGGGGCUGAAAGCCUUUCAGUUAGAAAAAAAUUCGGUGAGAUCUGACUAUCCAAAUAGGAUUUCUUAUGGUGUACUUUUUUGAACAUGAAUUCAUCAGAAACUCGUCAGCCGCCUUGUUUCAUUCAAAAAGUUUGAAGUUUCGAUAGUUUUCAAACUUUUUCCAAUUUUUUUCCAUUGAAUAGUUUUUCGAGGUACACCCAUGAAAGUUUCUGUUUCAAAUUAUUUCCAAGAACAUUUCCUUUUCUUCAGACUCGAACUGGACACGCAAAAUCGAGUUCGAGCGCGGAGUGGCGUCCAAUGGGGCGUUGUUGAAAAGCGCCGGUCAGAAGGGUUGCUACUCCAUAAACGUCGGUUUUAUUAGAACAGUAAAUUAGAAGAGUAAAUGUGCAGGGCAAAGUGACAGUGUACGAAGACAUUAGCGAAGAAUUGCUAAUUUAUUUGACCGUCUCGACGACCGGAGACGUCAACCGCCCUCCAGAAGUUUGUAGAGACUCGAACCCCGAAACUGGAUGCGGAGGAGUUGGAUCGUGGUGAGAAUACAGUUUUAACAGAGAAAAAAUGGAAAGCAUCAGAAAGUGAGCAAAAAUGAGCAUCUCUUGAAUGGUUUAUAAGUUUCCACUACAUCAAACGUUCCACCACAUAUGAAGUGAUUAAAUCAAACGCCGAAUUUCGAAUGCAAGCCUUUUUCUCUAUUCUGAAUGAGGUUGCGAUAGUCGUCUGGUGUCGGUAGCACUUUUCAGUUCUCAAUUUAAAGGCGUUGACACCGAAGGCUAUUUUUUAAUGUGUUUGGGUUAUUUUUUUAAAAAUGAUCUGCUCAUUUGCAGUCUCUACUGUCGUCCAUGCGACUCUCUCGAUUCCUUGACUAGAAUCCUAGGAGCUCAACUCAUGGUCAAUGGCAAAGUUGCUGGCUGUGAACCUCUCAAGGUCUUUCUAUUUCUUGGAAGAUACUUUAAUUUUAUUCAGAAAGGAAAAUACAACGAUGUAGAACUUCGAUUCUGUCUUCCAAAGUUGGCAAAGUUGUUGGAGUGGCAAGGAAUUUCAGAAGAAGCUCUUGACCACAUCCUUGCGGCCACGACUCAGGUUUUAAAACUUGAUCAGCUACAAUUUUCAAGCUGAUAAAUUUGAGGAAGGAAGUGAACCUCCGAAACUCAGCCUUUUCGUGACAGUUUAUCUCUUUGAUAAGGACAUCCGGCCGUUAGUCGUGUAAGUUUAACUCUAAAUUUUUUUUUCCACGCGUUUAUUGCAACAGUUUUCAGUUCAGAUCCCAAAGAAAGCUGGAAUCUCGAAUCCGGGAGGUCAAAUAUCUGACUCCAGAUGAGCAAUUCGACGCUCCAACUUACUGGAAUCUUCCUUUCAACCAGAUAAUCCAUAAGCAGUCCGUUUUCGUCGGAUGCCACAAGCUUUAUGGAACCGUCAGCAUGAGCGAAAUCCAGCAAUAA